CCUUUUUUUUUCUCAUGUUACUAUCUUGCAUCAAGCAUGGACAUAGCAUUGAUGCAACCCUAGCUUUGUUUUUAUGCAGUUACUCUUUUCCUCCACAAGCAGAUAACCUUGGAGUCACAGGCAGAACUACAACUCCCAUCAUGUCUUUACCAGUCCUGUCCUAUUAUUACAACUGGAGCUACUCAGGGUCACAGCGAAUCGUAGUGGCGGAUGGAUGGAAGUGCACGGAACCGUCAGAUGCUGGGAGAUUUACAAGUUCCCUCUCCCAAUAGACCGAUAGCGAUUCUGUAUCACAGCGCCCCCUGGCGGCUAGAGGGCAGUGUACCGCUCUGCCAGUGAAAAGAGAAGUUUCGCAGAUUACACCGGAGCUCUCCGGAUCCCGAGCUCCUGUCAUCCCUCCCGGCUGUGCAGACGUUUCCUGCCCUCUCCGGAUGUCCCGGGCCGAGGCUCCUCCCUGUACACGGCUGGACGGGAGCCACUGAGGGUGCAGGUUCUGGAAGGAGAUCCGGGCUGAGGACAGCCGCUCCGGGCAGAUAGGCUUUUGUGACAUUCCCAAUGGCUUGGUUGGAGGAUCCUCAGGAGAAGCUGUACCUGUCUGAGCAGGUGAUCGUCCUCCUGUCCUGCGCUCUCUCUUUCCUGGGAUCUCUACUCAUCAUCUGCACCCACGUUCGUUGGCCAGAGCUCCGGAGCCGCCCUCGCCAGCUUCUUCUCUUCUUGUCAGUGGCGGACUUAUUAUCGGCCGCCUCCUACUUCUAUGGAGUCCUGCGAGACUUCCAGACCACAAGCUGGGACUGCGUUGCCCAGGGGGCUGUCUCCACCUUUUCCAAUACCAGCUCGUUCUUCUGGACUAUGGCGGUGGCCCUGUACCUGUAUAUCACUAUAGUACAGUCCCAGCAGAGCCUCGCCGAGCACAUGGUCUACUGGUUCCAUCUAAUCAGCUGGGGCAUUCCUCUGGUGAUCACUGUGGCUGCAGUGUGCCUCCAGAAGAUCGGUUAUGAUGCCUCCUAUGUCUCGGUUGGUUGGUGCUGGGUCAACAUAGACGCUGAAGACAAGCUGAUAUGGAUGCUUCUGACUGGGAAGGCUUGGGAGAUCCUGGCGUAUCUGGUCUUACCUGUGCUGUACCUACGAAUAAAGAAGCACAUUGGCAGAGCGCAUAGGGCGUUGUCAGAAUACCGUCCGAUCCUGACGACAACUCCUGUGUACCAGCCUAGAGCCAUAGCAGACAAGAAGCUCAUUUUCAUCCCCAUCAUCUUCAUCUUUCUCCGAAUCUGGAGCACCAUACGCUUCAUUUUGACUCUCUGUGAUUCUCCCGUGGUACACAACCCCAUCCUGGUCGUAUUGCAUGGCAUUGGAAAUAGUUUCCAGGGAGGAGCGAACUGCAUCAUGUUUGUUCUAUGCACUCGUGUUAUCAGGACACGUCUGCUGACAUCACUAAGAUGCUGCUUUUGCUGCAAGUCUGCCGGGCCGGGGGACUUCAGAGAAAGUGCCGUGUCUGAGGGACAUGCAUCUGGCUAUGGCUCAACAGGAGAAACCCAAGAUGACCAAAAAUGGUCUCCUCACUUACCCAGCACUUGAUCCUUCUGCAGUCAGUGCUCACAAUCUAUCUGUGGAAAUCCUAUGCAUCUUCCCCUUAGACUUCAGUUAGCGCAGACAGAUUUGACCUCUUUAACUGGUGUAAGGCUGAAUGGAUGGGCUGACGUUAUAUAGAGGUUAUUUUCUGUACAGAAUGUGAUACGUAGAAUGAUUCAAAGAUGUGCACUUUAUGUACCCACUGUCCUGAGUUUACAGUACCUUUUGUGUGGGGCUGAACAGAUCUCAGGAGCCAGGUCGCCAAUGCAUGUAGAAGCUUGUCACUGGCAUCUAACUUGACUAUUGAUGCCUAUUACUAAUUUUCCUGCCUGGCCACUUUAAAAAUCAGAUUGGCCCCUGAAGUGAUGCAAUUCGGACAUAUCUGUCUUAUUAUGGACACUCCACUAGUUGGCCUGCCAACAAUUUACUAGAAUGGUGUGAAGGGCAUUGGUGACCCCUGUCCACAGCCACCAGUCACAUGCCAGCUUUUAGCACUCUUUUGUAUAUAAAAACUAGUACUGUACAUGAUUAGUUAUUGUGGAUAUGGCUAGUACUGUAUUCACAUUAGCCUUGAGGGUCUUUUAUAAAAUCUCCCACAAGUGACCUCCGAAAUCGUCCCUACCUCUACCGGACUCUCAGGCUCCACUGACUGUUACAAGUAGUAGCACUUUUUGUAAUAUGUAAUGGUUUGGGUUGUAGAUUUUCAUUCUUUGGGGUACUGUAGUGUAAGUGUUUCUGUUCCACAACCUAAAAGGGUUGCCCCACGAACAACAUUUGUCACCUUUCUACAGCAUAGGUGGCUAAAUGUAUGAUCUCCAACAGCCUGACUAAUGGGAUAUCCACUGAUCGUGAAGGUCUACGGGUCUUCUUUGUGAAUAGAUCGGUGGUGGUGCGCAUGUGUGGCCUCCAUUCACUUCUGUAAGAGUGUUAGAGGUAGCCGAGCACUGUACUCACCAGCCCCUAGGCACUGGAUAGAGUGGCGGUCACACGUGCAUGACCAGGCCAGAAACUAGAGUCUCCCAGCGAUCAUACAUUUAUAUUUUAUAAGCUAUCCUGUGGAUGCAUGUUGUUUGUAGGUGAACCCUUUUAAUCUUAUUCUUUAGAGUGAAGCCAAGGAAUCUUUACUCUGAUCCAGUGACGUAUCUAUGCAAUUUUUUCAGAUGGGGGGUGAAUUUGUCUUGUACGUCUUUUCCCAUACUCCUAAGACAAUGACACUAGUGUUCGUAGUUUCUUAUUUAUAUGAUGUUCAUACUGAAGACCUCAAUCAUCACCUUUGCCUUCAAAUUUUUUUUUGUACAAGUCCACUUUAUAGCCCUCUUGUAACUGUACUGCUCCAUACCGGAUCUGCGCCAGGAAGUUUACUUGGAUCCCUGUGUAUCUAAAUGGCUGGUAUUGGUUAGUCUCACUGUUGCUCAUCCUAUGGCUAUGGAUUGGACAUGUGUAAUUCUGCCUCCCCACCAGCACUGUCAUAGUCUCCAAAAUCAGUGUAUCUGCAGCAUAAGUUUUAUUAGUGGCCUUGUUGAUCAGAGAGGUAGAGUAUUUCUAGUGCUCCUUAUAUAUUCUUUGAGAAACCUUUUUAAGCUCAUCAGUUUUUUGUUCCGCUCCAGUGCAUCUAAAAAAAAAUUAAAAUAAAUAUACAGCUACUAUACAAACAUACAUGUCUCCGUGG